AUGCAACGUUCAAUAGAAUCUGAUUUUGAAGAUGAAAAUGAAAUAUGUUAUACAUCAAAACGACGUGCACAUCCUAUAUCUCAACAUUAUGACGAAGAUUCAUUUCCAUCAUCAUCUUGGACAAAUCCAAAUGAACAUGAUAUUGAAGAAGAUCAAUGUAGUUCAUCUAUUGAUUAUUAUCAUAAUAAUAAUAAUAAUGAUGUUGGUAUUGAUGAUGAAAUAUUUAAUUUACCAAUAAGUUCAAAUGAUUUAUCUGUAACACCAAAACAAGCAUUACAUUUAGCAACAAUUUAUGAAUUUUUACGUCAUUUUUCAUCAAUAUUACGUCUUUCACCAUUUUUAUUUGAACAUUUUUGUACAUCAAUUAUUCAAUCAAUUGAUAUAAAUAAUAUAUUAUUUUCACAAAUUCAUAUAUGUUUAUUACGUUUAUUAAUUAAACAAGAUGAUGAUGAUAGUAUAACAUAUGCAUCAGAAACUGAUAUUAAAGGUAUUAUUGAUUUAUCAUUUGUUACUAUAGAUUAUAUAACAUGGCCAUAUAUAUUACAAUUAUAUGUUACAUCACAUCCACAAUUAAAAAUAUUUAUAUCAAUUGUUAAAGAUUAUCCAUUUAAUAUUAAUAUUCAAGAAAAAAUCGAUCUUUUAUUAGCUUUAUGUGAUGUUGCAUUAACAACAAAAACAAUACGAAGAGAAUUUGAUGAUACUAAACCUAAACAACAUGAUGAUAAUUGUAGAAAAUGUCAAAAACGUGGUGAUUUACUUUGUUGUGACCGUUGUGAAGCAACUUAUCAUCUUGCUUGUCUUAAUCCACCAUUGACAAGUGUACCAACUGUUGAAUGGUUUUGUCCUGUUUGUAUACAAAAUCAAGUACAUGGUGUAACAGAUUGUAUUCCUCCACGAGAAAAUCGACCAUUUUAUUUACGUCAUCGAUGUAUUGGUCAUGAUCGAGAACAACGAAGAUAUUGGUUUGUUUGUCGUCGUCUAUUUGUAGAGGAUGAAACCGGUGAAGAUGUACGAUAUUAUUCUACAUUGGAUCAAUUUGAAAAUCUUUUAUCCUAUCUUGAUGAAACAGGACCAGAAAAAUUAUUAGCUUAUCGUUUACAAAAACGAUAUAAUGAUAUAGCACGUUGUAUGAAAAUAACAAUUGAUCUUCAAGCUACGUCUAUACCAUUAGAUAGAUCACCAUCAAUGACAAAUAUAAUGUCAACAACGAACGAUUAUGUAUCAACAUUAGAUGAUGAUGAUCAAAAAUCUUUAUCAAUGUUUACAGAUGGUUUAAUACCAUAUCAUUUUAAUGAAUUCAUAACAUCAAAUAUUGAUUAUGAACAUCUUAUUGAUAUUAUUAAAUUAAAAAUAAAAUCAAAAAAAAAUAUUUUUAUUAUGCAUGGUCAGAUAGAUGGAAUUGUUGAUAAUGAUAAUGAUGAAAAAGAUAGAAAAUCAUUUAUUAAAAAACGAGAAUUUUUUGUUCAUUCAACUAAUAAUUAUAAUUAUUCAUCAAAAAUCAAUGGACAAAAUCAUUAUACGAAUGAAUUGCCAGUAUCGAAUGAUUUAAUCUCUAUGUCACGAUUUAAUCCAUCCAAUAGAUCUUUAUUAGAAGAACGAUUACGACGUAUACAUAAUAUAUAUAAUGAAACAAAAGUUACACUUAAACGUUUAAAUGAAAAUGAUAUUGAUGAAACAAUCUGGCAACGUUAUGAACAGUAUCAAACAAUGAAUAGAUUUCCUUCUCAUAAUCGUAGCAAUACUUAUUCCACUAAUAAUAAUAAUAAUCGUCCGUAUCCAACAACUCAUACAUCCUAUCCACGUAGUAAUUAUUAUCGUGAUUAUUAUACUGGUAAUAAUUAUGAAGAUGAAGAUGGAAUGUUACUUGAUAAUGAAUAUGAUGAUUUUGGUGAUGAUUUUUUUCAACAAGAAGAAAAUAUUGAUGAAUUCGACAUGCCAUUCAGGAAAUAUGAAAGUAAUCGAGUUUAUCGAGGUACAACUCGUGGACGUCCUCGUGGUCGAGGUCGACCACCAUUAUAUGGUGGUCGAGCUGGACGUGGUUCUCAUCAUGGUCAUCCACCACGUGGUGUUAAUCAUUUAACAACAGGUUCAUUUCAAUCAAAUCAACGUUUAAUUCAACCAAAAAUAGAAUCUCCUAAAUUAAAUGAACAACAACAGCAACCUAUUAGAAAUAAACGUAAACCAGUUAAACUUAAAUCUGUAACAGUAACAACAACAACAGACGAAAAACCAAGGCGACCAGGAAAAGUUUUACGUAGUGGAAGAAUAUCAAGAAAACCACGACGAGAUUCAGAAACAGAUUUUGGUUCAGAUAAUUCAGAUGAUAGCGGAGCAAAAGAUAAAGAAACUGGUUCGGAUGAUGAUGAUGAAGAAUUUGAUUUAACACAACUUGGUCUUGGUUUUGGUAAUUCAUCAACAAUUGUAACUAAAGGACGUGAUGGUUCAUCAUCAUCAUCAAAUGAUUCAUUAACUGUAACAAAUCUUCCAUUAACUAAUUUUGCUGCAUUUGCACAAAGUCAAUUAUUAGCAACAAAUUUAGCUAAUGGAUUAUUAAAAACUAAUGAUGAAUUAAGUAAUGAUUCUGAUUUUAGUAUAGAUGGCUUUGGAACAGAUGAAUCUGAUGAUAUUUUAAGUCAGAAAACAAAAAUAAACAGUGGAAAUACAGAUGAUGAAGAUCUUGAUGAUUUUACAUAUAGUCAAACAAUGUUAUCACUUAUUAAGAGUAUGCAACCAAAUCAUGUUAAAAUUGAUCUUGAUCUUGUACCACAAAAUAAAAAUCUUAAUAGUAAUAAAGACGAUAUUCUUCCAUCAACAAGUCAUCUUCAUUAUGAAAAUUAUUAUCAAACAAAUCCUCUUGCAACAAGAAAACAAAUGUUAUUAAAUGAACGUGAUCGACGUGCACAUUUAGCACGUAAAUUUAGUAUAAAUCAUUCACCAACAUUUUCAUGGUAUUCACCCUCAUCAUCAAUAACAUCAAAUUAUACAUUAAAACAACUUUCAGAUAUUUUACGUAUAACAUUAGUCUAUUUUGAAAAUACAAUACCAUUACCAUUUAUGCAUUCACAUUGGAAACAUUAUCGUUAUAUAUGGGCUAAACAAUUACUUGAUUUUAAUCAAAAUCUAUCAUUAUCAAAAUUAAUUUAUCUUUUACUUCAAUUUGAAACUUGUAUUAAAACAGUUUCAUAUUUUGAUUUAUUUACUGAUCAAGUUGGUUAUUUAAAAUUUCGUCGUGAAACAGAAAAAGAACGUGAUGAAGCUAAAAAAGAAGAAAAAGAUGCAUUUAUAAGACGUAAAAUUGAUGCUGAUUCAAUUAUACAAUAUGUACAUUUUACACGACCAUUAAAACAUAGUGUACAUAAACAACGUGGUGAAGAAUAUCGUUUAACUGGUGGUCAAGGAUGGACAUUUAUACGUUCAACACGACAUAAAUUAAUUGAAAAUAAUAAAAAAAAAUCAUUUGAUAUUAAUUCAUUAUUAAUACGUCGUGAAAAUAUGUCAAAUGCUAUAUUAAAUGAACGUAAUAGAAUAAUUAAUUUAAUUGAAAUUAAACUUAAAAAUGAUUUAGAUAAUGAUAUUAAUAUUGAAAAUGAAUUAAAAAAUUUAUUAUUAACAGCUAAAGAUGAUAAUGAUGAUUUAAUUGAUGAUUUAACAUUUAUUAAUUAUAAAAAAAUUGAUUAUAAUGGUAUAUCUUAUCGAUAUCCAAUUAUAUUAGAUGAUACACGUCGACCAUUUCAUUUAACAACAUUAAUAAAUGAAAAAAAAUCUAUUAAAAAUCCAUUUCAAUUACCAUUACCAUGGACAUUUUCAUUUAAUAAAUCUAUAUUAUCAAAUAUAUUUAUACUUCCAUCUUAUAUACUUCGUCGUCUUGCACGAGCAUCAAUAUCAUUAAUUGAUAUACCUGGUUUUAUUAAUUCACGUUUAAGUGGAAUUGGAACAAGAUUUGGUUGGCCUUAUCCAUGUGGUAGACCAUCAGUUCGAACAGCAUGGUGUUAUAAAGUACAAACAAGUACAUCAUUUUUUGCAAUUGCUCAUCAUAUCAAAUAUUUAUGGAAUUGUAUAAGAUGGGAUCUUCUGACAGAAAAACUUUCCAAUAUUGAUGAAUCAUCUAUAACAACACAUGUUGAUAAUGAUGGUAUAGCAACAACAAUUCAAGUUUUAGCUAAACGUGAUUCUGGUCCAUAUAAUUCUUAUUGUGAAUAUUUUGUUCGUAAAACAAUACAUCCACAAACAAAUGAAACAUCAAAUUUUAAUAUACCUAUAUCAAAAUCACGUAGUCGUGCUAUUCCACAUCCAUCAUCAAUAUUAACAUCAAAUCGUUUAAUACUUAGUGAACAAUGGUUACCUGAAAGACAACUUCAACCAAAUCAAAUUAAAUAUUAUUAUCAAUGUUUACAAGAUAAAUCUUAUAGACCUAAACCAUUUAUUGUUCGUAUACCUCAUUUACAACCUAAAUCAACAUUAAAUACUGAAAGUGGAAAAGUUGUUAUUGUCAAAACAACUGGAGAAUCAUCAUCAACAAAUCUUCCCAUACAACAAAAAUCAUUUUCUGUUGUUAAAUUACCUGAUGGACAAAUUAUUCUUGUUCCAACAACAACUUUUCAACAAAAUGAUAAUGGAAUUUCAAAAAUUAUUAAAGCAUCACCAUCACCACCAAAAUCUCAAUCACAAACUAUUUCUAUUAGUCCACAAGAACGUCGUUUACGUCCAAUAGCACCAGCUCCUAUAACAUCAAUUCAAUCAUCAAAUGAACUAUUAAAUAGUCUUCUUGCUCAACAACAACAACUUCUCCUUCAACAACAACAACAGCAAUUAGAGACAAUCAUACGUUUUGAACAACCAACAAUCAAUGAAGAUACUCCAUUAACAACAAUUUCUGAAACAGUUACAAUCGAUACAAAUGGUUCAACAAUAAAACCUAAAAUUGAAUCAACACCUAUUACUAUACAAAAAACUAAAAAUCUUCGUAAAACAAUACCAAUACCAUCAAUAGUUGAUGAUAAAAAAAUAAAAAUUGAUCCCGAAGACGGCAUUCGAAUGAAAAUUUGUGAAGCUAUUCUUCGUUCAAUGAUAACUAGAAUUGAACGUGAACAAAAUCAAGAAUCAAUGAAAAAACGUCUUAAAAAUUGCAAUACAAUAAUACCAGUAUCUGAUCAUCGUCAAAUAAUUUUAAUACGUUUAUUAAAUGAACGUGUUGAUAGUCUUCGAAAAGAUUUUAUUGCAGAUCGUCUCAAUCGAAAAACGGCAUUAGUCAAAGAACAAGUUCAAACACAACGUCUUAAACAACAACAAAUGAUUCUUAAACAACAACAACAACAACAACAACAACAAGCAAUAAUUGUUAAACAAGAAGAAUUAAGUUCAGAUGAUAAUAAAGAAAAAAUUAUUGUUAUUCCAGAACCAUCUUCAAAUAAAAAAUCAAGAAAAAGUACUGGAAAUGAAAAUAAAAAUAAACGAUCAGAAACACCAAAAUUAUCUGAACAAAAAAUAAAAAGAACACCAGUUAAACGAACACGUCCACUCCCAACAACAAAAACUCCUGAUAAUGAUCAACAACCUGUAUCAAAAAAAGUUCGUCGUUCAAAUGUGAAUGUAUCAUCUGAUAAUGAUGAAAAUCUUCUUAAUAAUCAUAAACCUUCUUCUUCGUCUUCAUCACCAACAACAAUAGCUAAAAUGAAAUCAACUGAAAAAUCUAAAAAAAUUAUAACAAUAAAAAAUUCAUCAAAUAAAAAAGAAAAAACUGAAAUUAAUCUCUCAGAUAUUAAUUGUAGUUGUCAAAGAAUUGAUAUACCAGAAAAAUUUUUUAUACAAUGUGAAUUAUGUUCACGUUGGUUACAUGGCACAUGUGUUAAUUUAACACCACGUCUUGCUGAAAAAUUAAAAGAAUUUAUAUGUCAAGAUUGUACAAAAUUAACACAAAAAGCUAAAGAACGUUUAUAUUGUAUUUGUCAAACACCUUAUGAUGAAUCAAAAUUUUAUAUUGGUUGUGAUGUUUGUGCUGAUUGGUUACAUGGUUCAUGUGUUAAUAUAACACCAGACGAAGCAGAUAAAUUUGAAGUUUAUGUUUGUCCAAGAUGUUCAACAAAGAAAAAACAAGAAUUUCUUAAUAAACCAAUAAAUAAUGAAAUACAAAAAGAUUUAUUAAAUCUUACUGAUCAACUAUUAGUAAAUAAUAUUUAA